GUUCCUGUGAGGCCAAGAGUUUGUUUUGCCGUUUGUUCUCUGUACGUUACCAUGGAAUACAAGUGCGGCUGUGGGUACAAGAAGAAGUAACCCCAUAGCCUGCAUUUAUCUCAGACACGUUCUGAAGUUUAAACAGGUCUUAGUGCUCUUCUUUUGCACUGGACCAUUUCUCUGCUUUCUCCAUGGAAAUCCCUCCAUCUGGGGACACUCUGCCAACACCUUUGUUUGAGACUCUGCGCAGAGAUUUCCCUGCAGGGAAGCACCUCCCACCUUCUCACACCAGGAAGGGGAUGACCCAGCCUCAGCUCCAGGCAAGUGGACUGGGAGAUGAUCACCCCAAAGGAGAUUUCCCUCUCCAGAAAAAAUCCCCGAAACUCUGUGGCUCCAACUACCCCCUGAGCAUUGCCUUCAUUGUGGUGAACGAGUUCUGCGAGCGCUUCUCCUACUAUGGCAUGCGAGCUGUCCUGACACUGUAUUUCUUAAGCUUCUUCCACUGGGAUGAGAAUCUCUCCACUGCUGUGUACCAUGCCUUUUCCGCGUUGUGUUAUUUCACUCCUGUCAUCGGAGCCAUCAUGGCAGACUCAUGGCUGGGGAAAUACAAGACGAUCAUCUACCUCUCCAUUGUGUAUGUUGUUGGCCAUCUGAUAAAGUCAGUCGGUGCCAUUCCAUCCCUGGGCAACCAGGCAGUUCAUGUGGUCCUGUCUAUGGUUGGUCUGUUUUUGAUCGCCCUUGGAACGGGAGGUAUCAAGCCCUGUGUCUCUGCAUUUGGUGGGGACCAGUUUGAAGAGGAACAUACCUCGGAGAGAAGCAAGUUUUUUUCCAUCUUCUAUUUAUCCAUUAAUGCUGGAAGUUUGAUCUCCACGUUUGUAACUCCUGUAUUAAGAGGGGAUGUGAAAUGUUUUGGAGAGGAUUGUUAUGCACUGGCUUUUGGCGUCCCAGCAGCACUGAUGGUGUUGGCACUUGUUGUGUUCAUUGCUGGAAGUGGACUGUACAGAAAAACACCACCACAAGGAAAUGUCUUGCUGGAAGUGUGCAAAUGCAUCGGUUUUGCCAUUAAGAACCGGCUGAAAAACCGCUCCCGUGAGAUUCCAAAGAGAGAUCACUGGCUGGACUGGGCAUCAGAAAAAUACUCGAAACAGCUGAUUGGGGAGGUUAAAAUGGUGACUCGUGUUCUCUUCCUCUUCAUACCACUGCCAAUGUUCUGGGCCCUGUUUGAUCAGCAGGGAUCCAGGUGGACUUUGCAAGCCACAAAAAUGAAUGCUGAUUUUGGAAUAUACGUCCUUCAGCCUGACCAAAUGCAGUUCUUAAAUCCACUUCUUAUUCUUGUCUUCAUCCCAAUUUUUGACCUUGGGCUCUACCCCCUGAUAAACAUGUGCAAAUUGAAUUUCACACCUAUUAGGAAAAUGGCAACAGGUAUGAUCCUUGCAGGGCUGGCGUUUGGACUUGCAGCUGUUAUAGAAGUCAAAAUAAAUGAAACUGAUAUGCCUCGACUUGUCCCAAAAGAAAGUUUAAUUCGAGUCCUGAAUUUGGCAAAGAACCCUGUUCAAGUCACAAUCCAAGAGAAGGACCUAUUUCAGCAGCCCGUGGAGUCUUUUCAGAACCCAGCUGAGUACUCAAAAUUAAUAUUGAAUGGAGAGCAACAGAGUCUUCACUUCAUGCUGCAACAUCAAGGAUUGACUCUUGCUUUUAACUACACCGUGAAGGAAAAAUCAGUAUACAGCUUAAUUGUUUUUGAGGCAGAAAGAAGCCUAUCAAGCCGCUUAAUUACAGACUUGGAAGCAAAGCCAGAAAAUGGUUUGGCAGCUGUUAGAUUCAUUAAUGGCUUGAGCCAAGAUGUCAACCUCACCAUCAACAGCAAAAGGUUCAUUGCUGUUCAGAAAAACUACAGUGCUUCUGAGUACUCGCUGCUGGAGAGGGACAUAUAUAAUAAUGGAAAAUGCAUAACUGAAACAGGAGAGUUCCCCCUGGAGCUGGGGCUGCUUGACUUUGGUGCCUCAUACACGGUUGUGAUAACUAAUAUUUCUGGAGGUGCUGUUGAGACCUGGAAGUCAGAAGACAUCAAAGCCAACAAUGUGCAUAUGGCCUGGCAGUUACCACAAUAUUUAUUGAUAUCUGCUGGGGAGGUGAUGUUCUCCAUUACAGGUCUGGCCUUCUCCUAUUCUCAGUCUCCAGCCAGCAUGAAGUCGGUGCUGCAGGCAGGCUGGCUGCUCACGGUGGCUGUGGGGAAUACCUUUGUGCUCAUUGUUGCCGAGGCUGCACCAAUGGCACAGUGGGCUGAAUUUGUCUUGUUCACUGUUCUACUCUUUGCUGUGUGCAUUAUUUUCUCCAUCAUGGGAUAUUUCUAUGUCAGUGUGGAUCCAGAGGACCUAGAAGAAAAGGAAGAGAAGAGAGAGACCUCAAGCAGAGGAAACAUGAUUGGUCUUGUUACUCAGAAAACAAAGCUCUAACACAUCAUGGGUUGGGAUUUUUGGUUUUUUAAACUUAAUUUUAAGAAGAUAAAAGAAGGGUGGGUACAGUGUUACUUUAUUUUAGAGCACUGCAGUCUUUAUUACUCAAAAUGUAGCCACCUUAUAAAUGGGACCAAAUAGCCCUCUAUAAAACAAUGGGGGUCCUGAAAUCAGAGCAAAACUCCCUGGGAAAGCUCCUCAGGUAUUAAAAGCCCUUAUUAGUAAUUACAGUGUAAUUUACAACCUGCCCAUCUUUUUAAGCAUGGAAUGCUUUCCUAUGAUUUUGCCUUAAACGUAUAUUUAGGGCAGCAGGGAGGAAGGGUGGAAGUUAUGGCAUAUGACACAAAAAUCUGGAGAUGUUACAAGAGAAGAAAGAGCAAAAACUAGUAUAGGAAUUAGGGAAGAAUAGAUGUUAGUGACAGGAGGACUUUUAAUAAUUUCAUCAGGAACUGUAAGGGUUACACACAGUCCCAAAGGAUUUCAUCAUGUAACUCUCCUUAUGAGUAUUUCAUCCCAUUAUUGCAUGUUAUGAAUGGUUCUGAUUUACGACUUUCACCUUCAGGCUCAGAAGUAAUAACAGGGAAUUAAAUUCUGCAGGCUAAAAUAUUCCCAAAACACAGCUGACGAAGACAGGCAUGCUACCACCUCUCCAAUACCCAUUUUUUUCCCCUAGAAGUUUUUAGCAACUGAUGGUGUUCUUUGAUUAGACAUGAUUAGAGAAUUGCUUUAUGCUUUCUUAUUUCAGAAUUCCAGACAGUUAUUUGCCAUCUUCCUAUACAUUAAGCCUUUAUUGGGCAUUUUCUUUUACAGCACCUGUCACUGCAAGUUAGGAUAUGGCUGAUUUCUUAUCUCAUGCCUCAGUUAUUACCCACUGGGAGACAAGUUGCAGUAGUUUCUAUAAAAUUCCAGGCAUCCUGCAGUGAGUUAUUUACAAGGAUGCACUUUAUCAUUUUUUCAGUCUGCAAGAGGAAACCAUGGCAUAUGAGAUUUUCCUCCUUGUUUUUCUGUCUCUACCAGACUUUGGAUAUAGCAAUUUUAUUGGAACUGUGAUAUAAUUGUCUGAUUUUCCUCAAUUGUGUGAAGCUGUGAUUUCAUGUUCUGCAUAGGAGUAAUUCAACCACUGCCGAUCUAGUAAAACUCCUGAGAGAGACCCUGCCUUCCUCUGUCACUCCAAGGCCACAGUUGUAACAGGUAUGGCCUCAUUUAAAACACAGCUGUCAAUAGGAUCUUCAGGUUCACAGAGAAUAGAUUUUAAAUUAUGCUUUCCUCUUCCAUCUUGGCAUUGGCCAUAGUUGGUUGCUGAUACUUGGAGAUCACAAAAUACAUUUAAUUUAAUUCCUGUUCAGGACAGUGCUAGGAAAUACACUUGGUUUGACACCUCAGUUCCUUUGAUGUCCUGCCAGUGUGUGUGUAUCUUCUUGAGUAACACUAAGAAAACACAGCUUUUUGGUUUCUAACUCACAGCAUAAGAUUGCUCCCUCUGCUUCCUGUCCUAAAUGGGCAUGGACUUUCACCACCAGUUCUGCAUAAGCUCCUGCCUGCUGUGAAGUAACAUCUGGGGUUGUGCCAGAGGGGGACCAUGGUCUCAUCAGAUAAAUGAGAAGAGGCUGCAGAUGUGCAUGCAGGAACAUGUGGGGUGUUCAGGCCAUGCAGAGACAUUUAUUAGGCUGUGGUGGCUGAAUCUGGGCAGCUGAACCCUGCAGCUCCAUGGGGAAUGAAGGGCAUUGAAAGCCACCUAUUAGGUCAUCCAACCUGCUUCUCAGAAGCCAAGUGAGGAUUAUUUCCCUCUGUUCUUUCUGGUAUUGUUCUCCUGCUGUGAUUCUUUGUGUGGGUUCUUUCUCCUCCAAGCAUUGUUGUUUUCCUAAUCCCAUUUUAUGACACACUGUGAAUCAGCUCAGAGGCUGCUGAAUCACUCUUCUGUGAUGCUGUUUGACCAGCUUCCAGCUUGAAGCACUAAUAGAAGGCAUUUCUUCCUCCACCCACUGCAAACAAAACAAAAAUCCCCAAACUGAAGGAAUGGCCAGGCUCCAGUUACACUGAACAAACACAAUUUAGAAUUAUUGGAGCAUUUAAUUUUUUAUAAGCCUUGAAUUUGGAAGUAUGUUGGGGUUUGAGGGCAUAUGUGGUGAAGAGACAAAUUAAAAUUAUUGAAACACUUUGGUGGGGAAGCACUUGGUAAGCUGCAUGAGGGAAAGCAAGGUAUCCAGAUCUCUAAGACUACAUCUGCUUGAGAACCUCAUGAUUAUUUUUUUUGUUUUGUUUUAUUUCCUUAUUGGCAAUACUACCAGAAGCUGUCACUGACUCUGAGCUUAAUUUAAAGGAAUCAUUCCAAACUCAUAAAAGAUACAUUUAGGAUGUCAUCUGUAUCUGCUUUUUAGACUCCUGAUGCCAAAUUGCCACUUUCCAAACAUCUCCAUGUUCCAAACCAUCACCAUAAUGCUGGGGGAAGGAAAAAUUGCAAUUCACAUUUGGGAAGAUUAUGAACAGGAAGGCAAUCCUAUAAAUACAGUGCUAACAUGAGGCUGGGAGCUGCUCCUGCAGCCCCUCCCAGGAAUUGCUCAGGGGACUGUAAGGCUCUGUUCACAUUUCUCUCAGAGAUGAACUGGUUACUUCUUCCCACUUCUCAUCUUCACCUAUUGGAAGCUUUUUCCCUCUCUAAUCUGCCUGCUUGGUUGCUGGUAUGAUCCUUCCCCACUGCUUCAGCUGCUGUUGUAGCUUUGCUAAAUUGGACCCAUUUAUUUGGAAUGCUCCACCAGUUUGGAGGGAUUUCCACUGGCAUGCUCACUACCAGCCAGGAGUGGGCUGGGGGCUGCCCUAAUGAGCUGCCCCUUCUGUAGCAGGUGGAAAAACAGCACAUUCAGCAUAGCACAUCUCCAGUUUUAGAGCUGCAGCUCCAUCCUUGGAGGCCUUGCAUCACUUUCAAAUGGACUCCAGACUGGAUUAAAGGUUUGGGACUUAAUUCCAUGGAGGAAUGAGGUCUCUGGGUUUUUCUUCCACAUGGUCACCUCAGAGAUGGGGCCAUGCUCAGCUCUUAAUACCCAGUUUUAGAGAAAUAUUCUUUAUUCCUCACAAUUCUUUGCAUUAGGAUCACAGGAGGAUCCAAAGUAGUGAUAGUAUAUGUAAAGCUAUAUGGACCUCUAUAGAGAAAUAGCUGUCUCCUGCCUGUCCAGCUUCACCUGUCCCUGAAGACUCUCAGCUGUUGGUGAAGCUUUCCCUGGCACAGAUUAGGAAAAGCUCACACAAACUUACCUACAGGAAUUAUCCUCUCCAGCUGAUGGACAGGGAAGAAGUUGUGUGGAAUUGUAGAUGUGUUGCUGCACAAACCUUCAUGGAGAUCGCAGGGGUUUGGCUUUGCACGUAUGAGUGUUUAUCUGUUUCUCUGAAGGGUACUUUCUGAGAAAGAUUUUUUUGUGCUGAAAAUUUCCCUUCAUUUGCACUGGCUGUUGCCAUUUUUCCUCUUAGCAGGUUGUAAGUGCGACCAGUGUUAUUUCCAGUUUUGCAUGAGAUAAACAUAAAAAUGAGAUUUCAAACUCAGCAGAACAACAUCUUGGCUGUUGGUUCCUUAAACUUACCUGUUCUUUCUGAGGCAGGCAGAUGCUUUUACGCAGCAAGCUUCUCUGUGCAGCUCAAGGGGCUUGCAUCUCUCUUUUCUUCCAUCUUCCUUUCACCACAAUCCCAGAAUUCCAGAAGAUGAGCCACGGGAGGGCUGCGUGGGACUGGCUUGGAUGCAGCUGGUGUGUGCUGUCACCACUGGCUGGGAAACAGGAGCUGGUUCCUCUCUGGAUACCCAAAUGGGCCUGGCAAAGUAGACUGAGGCAGGGCUGGCCCUGGUGGAAGUUGUGGUUUACUGAGCAGUGACCUGGAUGUGGGUUUUAUUGUGAAAGUGAAAUGUAAACGAGUGAAAGGAAAAGUUUUCACUUUACUUGGUUUUGGUGUGAGGCAAGGAGGCUGCAAACUCAUGGGCAGGGAGGAAAGACAGGGCUAUUUGGUAAAGGUCUUCCCCAUUCCUCCAUGAACAUCUGAAGUUACAUUGAAUUAAUUGCAGAGAAUAUGAGAUGAGAGAAGAGGAAAGCUCAGAUGAUUCAACAGUGGAUGACUUCAGGCCUUUCAGAAGAGCACUCUCCUAGCUCUCCUAGGCCAUUGGGGGAGAUGGUCUCCCAUGGUUUGAAAAUGGGUUUGGCAUUCCAGAGUGCUGCAAAAACCAGCACAAAGACAGCACUGGCGGUCUGCACUGACCAGAGGAGGAGGUGGCUGUACCCCAGCAAUGUCCCCACCAUCCAUGGGAGCCACCACCUUGGCUUAACCAUUGGGACAGAACCAACAACUGAAUGGUAUUAGAGAUGUGACUAGCACAGGAGGGAGAGCUACAAGGGGUGGUUAACAAGUUUUAGCCAGGGUCAUACACAGAAGGAUAAUCUCCUUUUUUCUCUGCAUUGAAUUUCUUUGCUGAGCCACAAGAACCACUUUCAAGCACAAGCUGCUUAAACUUGGGAGAUCAGCACCAUGACAAAUACCACAGCUGCUGAAUUUUGGAUGGUACCAGACUCUGCCUUUCAUUAGCAAUACAUUUGUUGUUGUGAUACAAUUUUAAAACAGCAUUUGAAAGAUGUGUCUGGUCCCAGAUGUUGACAGAUCUGGCCAGGGUUUUGCAUGUUGAUAGCUGGAUUCACUAGCUGUUGAUAGCUAGUCUUUCAUGUUAAUGUGUGUGAUAAACUUCUCAUGUACAAGUAGAUGUGGGGCCUUUGGAAUUCUGCAGCAAUUUAGAAAAAAAAAGCCCCGAAGUUCCACAUGAAGCUGGCUGCACAUGAACUGUGGCAUUGCUUCCUCAAGGGAGCUUCCCACGUGCUUUGUAAAGCAGGGACCCUCAUUCAUUUCCUGCAAAGGAGAUGACAAAAAUGGGGGACACAAACAUUUUGUCCUGAGAAGGGUUCAUGUUGCCUAAUAGAAACUGCAUGAAAAAAAAAUAAUUACUUUGGUUAAAAUCCCUCCUUCCUCACCAUCUCAGGAGGACAACAGGGAAGGAAACCCUUCCUUACUUAGCUUUGUAUCAAGGAGCUGCUGCAUCUUCUCAAAGUCUUUUCAUGCUGUGUUUUACCAGCAGAUCAGCAUUAACCUGGCUCUAGCACCUGUAGAUCAGAAGACUGUCAGGAUGCAGACUGGACACACAGCAGGCUCCCACAGUCAGCUGAUCAACUCUGAUCUCUUCAUUUUUAAUGAGUAGUUGUAGCAGUUAUCCUGCAGGGCUCAGUCAGUCAGAAUUACUCUAAAUUUAGGCCACAACUAAGGACCUGGAGAACUGUAAUCAACAAGAUAAACAGCUAAAGUCUCAAAAACUUGCUAAAUCACUGACUUAUUGCUUAAUUAAAAUUUUAAUAUGCUUACAGAAAGUAAAAAUGUAAACCUGAAUUUAGCAAUUCAGAGCAAUGAGGAGCUGUAGUGGAAUCCACCAAUGUGACAACUGGCAACCAAGAUGAAGAACAAAUCAAGCAAACAUCCCUCUUUAGAUUGUUUUUUGUUAUUGCAUACAUUGUUCAGUCUGCUUGGCCUGUCCUGUUCAAUCUACCCAUGUGUGUAAGGAAAAGAAGCUGAAUUGACUUGCCAUGUACCCUUUCCAAGCUGCAGCUUGGUUCUCCUCUUGUUGCAGACUCCCAAGUUAGCUCCAAAUGACUCCCUUUGCUGGCAGCAGCCCCCUCAGCCCCACGUGCUGAUCUUCCCUCCCCACAAGUCACUUCUCACUGCUGACUUUGCCAGCCCUCAGCACCUUGCUUAUUCCUCCACUCAUGCAGCCUCUUUGCUGGCAGCAACAAAUGUUUGCUUGGGAGCUGUCCUGGUUUAUGCUGCCCCCUUUCCUGCAUCCAGAAAAGUUACUGACCCACUGGAGAGCUGUGUCUGGGCAGAGACCACACAGAGGCAAAUGCCUGUGUGGUAGCAGCAUCUGCCCUGGCUGCUUUGGCUCUGGCUUUUUGUCACAGCUUUGUGUGCCCUGACACAUCUUCUGUAGGCAAAUCAGUGCAGAGCACAGGGGUUAUCCUGCACCUCCCUCCCACCUAUCCUGUGCCUGGUUAGCUGCCCAUAGUCAGCCCUUGAAUUGUGCCAAGUAAAGCCACACGGAUUUCUGGACUGACACAAUGCUGUCACCAGCCCUGGAGCAUCCAUUCGUGCUGCCAGUGGCCCCAGCCUGCUUACACAUCAUUUAUGGCCUGCCAUGCCAGCCACUUUGAGAGUCUUUCUCUUGCACAGAGGUGAGAGAAAGCCACACAGGCUGUGUCCAUCUCAGCAGUGGUGUGUGGUCAGUGGGCUGCCUUUGCAGCCACAGACCUCCCAUCAGCAUGGAAACAGCAGCUGGUGGAAAGGGGCAGCUCCUCUGUCACCAGUGCCAGCUGGUGUCAGUGGGGCUGGCUGUGUGGACAUUUCAGGCCUUUUAAAGGUGAGUGUCGGUGUCCUGCUGAGAGCCCUGUGUUUUCACUGUGUAUUACCAUGUGAUGCCAGGCUUCAGCUUCUGAAUCUUGUGGUCAAGGAGCAGCAAGCUGCAUCCUGGCAGGGCACUUUCUGCUCCUUCUUGGUCUACUUGUCCAUCCCCAGGGACCAGGUCUUGGGUAAUAACUGGCAUCUCCCAGACCUUGCUGUGUUUAUGUACCACUCACAAAUGAAGUUUCUUCAAAUGGAACUGAAUUUGCUUGGAGCUCUGACUCUACCCAAGUCUGCUUGGAGCUGCUGGGAGCCUUUGUUUGGGCACUUUCUCUGUUUAACCUGUGCAUCAAAACACUUUCCAAGCAGUCUUCAUGCUGUCCUCACCAAAGAGAAACACCUCCCAAAGGUGCUGUACCAAUGUGGAUUUUUCCUGCCCAAGUUAGAGGUGAAAUAGGCCAGCAGGAAUCCACCAGGCACCAGGAGCUGCUGUCUUUCAAAAAGACAAACUGCUGCCAGUCACAGUGGCUCCCCACACGUGAGGCCAUGCAGUCCAGCUCCUGCUGUGCCCUGAGCUCAGCAGGGGCCAGGGGAUGCUCUGAUGCCUCUCUGGGGCAGUUCCCAGGUCCAGCACUGGCCAGCCCAUGUGUGUGCCACUCACGGGCUGUCAGUGCCAGCUUUGCUGCCUGACACUUUCUAUAGCCCAAAAUCUGCACAGCAAAGAGAAGACAGUUCCCUCUUUCCACAGAGUGGAUUUAAUUUGUGUACCUGCUCCUUUCUCACCACUGUUCUCACCACUUUCUCACUGGCACCAGCCAGUGCCAUCAGUGCCCUGUUAUUUCAGAGAUAGCCAAGGAGCUGUGCAGUCCCCCAUCUCCCACUUGGAGCAAGGGUUUGGGUUUUCUGCACACCCACAAGCACCUUCCUGGAAGCUCUCCUCAAGUUCAGGUCCUUCACCUCUCCAAAGAGCACCUCCCUCAUGAGACCAAGGAUUUGACCUGUUUUUAAUCAGUCCUUUUGUGGAGAUUAGCCAGCCUGGGUAAUGUUUACAUCUUACCCUUUGCUGUCUGCUGGUUGUGGAUUUACUUUUGGAGCUAAUAUCUAUGUUUUUCUUUACAUUUUCUCCCCAAAGGUUGUCCUGAACCACAUGCCCUCUCUGUGCAUGCAUUCUCAUAGAAUAAAUAAAUGGCCUUGACUGUUUGCAGGCAGAUGUUUUAUCCAUCUUCCGCCAAAACUUUGAUAGUGCCAUGAAGAAUUCCUCUGCACUAAUGGUGCCAGCAGAGUCCUUUACAUCCCUACUGGAGGAUUUCUUUGUUCCUCCUUUGCACCAUUCUUUUGUAUGUGCUGCUUGUAACCAAAGGGCUCGUGCUCCAUUUCCCACAGCCCACAGCACUUCUCGAGCUUCUGUAAUGCAGGCUCUGAGUUCCCUCUUCCAUUUGAGCUGCAAACUAUUAAAGGCCACUGAGAGCUUCAGAACCAGCUGGGUUUUGUCUAGUGAAGUUUUUUCUUUUCUUCUUUUUUUUUUUUUUUUUAAUUCUUUUUUUCCCACUGUGUUCACAUCCAUCACUUACAGCUCGGGAGUGAAACACUGCUCCAGUCUUCUGUCAACUCUCUGAGGAGAAGGCUGGGCUUUUAGCUUUUCCAUUAAACCCUUAUCUGUGAUGCCUUUGGUCCUAAUGUUCAUUGUUCAGCAUCCCUUGAAGCCAGGAAUUUUGAUUCCUUUCUUUGGGUUUUUGCUUCAGUCUGCUCAGCAUUUUUUAGCUGGUGUCACUGUAUUAUACCUCCUGGGGUCCACUGACCUGUUGGGCUGAGAAUGACCAGAGAAGUAAUUCCAGUGAUUUUAAAAGAUGCACCUAGACAGAACCUGCUCAUCUCUGAAAGUUUUGAGCUCCUUUUCAGCUUGUUAGGGAAGGGCAGGCACUUUUCCAUGUAAAGGUGUGUUUUCCAUACCUACUGCAUCCUGCCCUGUCUGGGAGGGCAUGCUGCCGGGUCAGAGCAGUUCCACCAUGCACAGCACUCUGCUUUCCUCUGGCUCUCCAUUUCCUGGCUUGGAUUUCUCUGCUCUUGGCCUCUCCUUGGUGGGUCUCUCACAGCUGUGAUAUUCACUCAGAGGUAGAUAUUGCCUCCAGCAAUUUGUUUUACCAGUCUCACGUUGUUACUUGUGACACCGAUCAUGGGAUUUAUUUUGCCUUUUCAGGCUCCACUGUUUUUCCAGUUUUUUGCUGAGAUUUCUCUUGAUUCAGACUGUCGAGCUCUUGCCAAUUUUGUCUUCCUCCUCACGGUUUCUCAUUAUCAAUGCUGUACUUGGAGUCCAAGUGCCCUUGAUGCCCCAAAUCUGCAAGAUAAGUAAACUUAGAAAAUCAUUAGGGCAGACUUUGACCACUCCUGUCUCCAUCAAAGACUAGGAUUAAAUUAAGUCCCUUUGAUAAACUGAGCUGAUGGGCCAGUUUGGAGUGCACAUGUGCUAUUAUGAGCCUCGUGGGACUUAUGAUUAAAAGACAUGAGAGAACACAAUUAUUUAGAGAGCUACCAAGAGAUUGCUUUAGCUCACUAGUCACUUCUUUAUCAGAACAAAAGAAGAUUCUCCAGGGCGACGGGCAGCUCCUGGGAAGUGUCCGUGAGUCUCUAAUUGCUGUGGGAGGUGGGGCUCCUGCUUUGAUGUGUGCUUCAGUGCUGCAGGAGGGUGCAGGGGAGAAAGCCACUCCAAACAUUUCUGUCCCCAAAGCACUUGGUCCAGGAGUGAAACCUUCCACACAGGUGGCUUCUUUUUCUCUUUUUGCAGUUGCUUGGGUUUUGUAGUUUUUUUGUGCGGUGAUUUUUGGUUUGGAUUGGUUUUGUGGUGGGUUUUUUUGUGUGUUUGUUUGUGUGUGUGUGAUUUUUGUUGUUGUUGUUGUUUUUCUGUGGGCUUUUUUUUGUUUUGGUUUUGGGGUUUUUUUUCACCACAAACUGCAGUUGCUUUUGCAGCAAGAUACAGCUGGGGUUCUUUGCUGGACUGUGAUCAAAUCCUGACCGGCACAGGGAGCUCAGUGCAACCAGGGCUGACUCCCUGCAUCAAAUCUUCAACCUGGGCUGGAUCCUGACCCAACAGGAAAAGUCAUGUUAGCUUAGGCUCUGCAGCAAGCCCUGGAGAUGAGAAAUGUCUGACUGGACACAAAUACAAUUUUGCCUGUCCUUUUAUUUUCUCAGGGUCAAGCUAUUGAGUCAGAGCUGGAUGGCAUAUGUAAUUGUAGCAAGGCUAUUUUUCUCACUUUUUUUUUAAGGAACAUUCAUGCUGCAUUUUAAUUACAACAUUUAGAACAUGUCCAAAUGGCUUGAGCUCAAAUUGAUCUUGUUUUUCAGCCAGGAAGCUUGUUUUUCAUCUAUUAUUAUAAUAAAUGUGCUAUUGAUAAUAGUUUAGGUGCAGUACAGCAACGCUUUGUGUUAUGCAUCAGCUCUGGAGGCUCAAAAUUUUCUUAUUAUCCAUUACUGACAUGACAGUUUACAAAUAUUUAACAAACAAAUUACCAGGUUUUCCUUGUUCCCUCUUAGUUUGCAGUCUCAGUCCUUUUGACAGCUGAAUUCAGGAUUAAUGAUGAUCUUGUUUAAGACGAUUGUUUGCUAGCAAACAGGUUUAUUCUCUAAACCUACAAGUGCAGUAGGAGAACUAAUACUGACACUUUGAAUUAAAUCUCAUCCUCAAAGCAAAUUUUUUAGCUUUAUUCCAUCCAGUUCCCCUAAGAAGAAAUUGGAUUUGCCUGGUAAAGUGCUUAGACCUGCUAAUAAUUUUUUAGUUUAUGUAGUCAUUUUAAAUAUAGACACUUAACAUGAAGGGCUGGCAAAAGGAGUAUUUUUUCUCUGCCAGCCCUGAGCUUGCUGGGUCUAUUCAGGCUGUAAGUGUUUUAAAGUCCUUUCUGAGCACAAGCAGGGGAGCAAACAGACCACCUUGACCCUCCAUGGAAAAGAGAGAUCCAGAAAGACAAGCUGGAUUUGGUUCUCUGUAAAGGACUGGAGGCAGCCCUGGGAAACAUUCAGCCCAGGUGCUGGGAGGAGUGAAACACAUCCACGCUCUGCAGUGGCUUCUUCUCCACCUGCUCCAGGUCUGAGCACGGGGUGCAGGGCACGGGAAGGGCUGAUGGCCAGCAUCUGCCUGGGAAGGGUGUUCCUGCUGGCUGCAUGGGAGGCAAGGAAGGUGCUACAUCCCCCUGGGAAAGCCUCAUGCAUCCCCAGGGGAAUCAGGGGCAUCUUCUGGGAGAAAACCCAGCACCGGAAUAGAGACUGAAAGGACGUGUGGAGCACCCCCUUCAGAGCACGUCCUGGGCACGGGGCCAUCCCUGCCCCGUGGUUCCUGAUCUCGGGCUUUGCAUGCACAAUACAGGAAUUCACUGGUGUGUGGGCCUGGCUUUGGAGAUGAGAAGUGAAUUUGUUCUCAAGGAAAAUCACUCUUUGUUGGCAGAAAAUCUGUGAGUUGGGCUCCCCAAGGGCAUAGUGUGUGAAAAUCACAGAUGAUUAAAAGAUAACUCAUUUGAGGGUUAGUUUUGUUUUGUUUGGUGUUGUUUUUUGGUUUGUAUUUUUGCUCUGUUUUUGUUGUUGUGUUUGUUUGUUUUGGUUUGUUCUUGUGGAAGGUGGUUUUUUGUUUGCCUUUUUGGUAUGACAAGCUGAAUGCCACACAUAAAUUUCUCCACAACUGACCUGGCCACAAUUUUUUAAUGCAAGAAAAUCUGAGACUUUCCUUGAAAAAGGAGGCCUCCCACCUGAGUUCUGAAAUACCAAGUGUCACACCAGCAAAAAUGACUAAAGUUGGCAAUCCUGAGAGUAGUUUAUCACAUCAAUCUUAAACAAAGAUAAACCAAAUCAAGACUUGAUGAAACGGAAUAAAAACAUGCUUGGCUUGAAAGAAA